GGUUUGUGACAAUGUUUAUAUAGGGAAGACAUAAAUCUACAAAGACUAGAUUAAAAACAGCUAUUUUUCAAGAUUGAACCCCCAUUGAACUUUACUUCUGCACCUACUUUGCUCCCUACUGAAGAGAAUUCUGUAUCGAAACCGAUGAUCAUGUCCGCCGAGGUUCCUAACAAAAAGAAGUUGACAUGGCUGAUUACAGGCUGCUCAUCAGGCUUCGGCCUCGCCAUGGCACGUCUUGCGCAGGCCAACGGACACCAUAUCAUCGCAACAUUUCGAAACCCGAGUCGUACACCGGAACUCGUUGAUGAGUUCACCAAGAACGGAGGAGAAUGCGUCCGACUAGACCAGGACGAAUCCGAGUGUGGCCAAGUCAUCGGAAGCAUCGAGGCGCGUGGGACGGCGAUCGACGUCUUGGUCAAUGUCGCUGGCUUCGGCAUGACAGGCCCGGUCGAGUCUUUCAGCGAAGAGGAGGUUCAGCGUAUUAUGAAUACCAAUUUCUUCGGCCCUUACCGCCUGAUACGAGCGGUCGCGCCACAUAUGCGAAAGAGACGCUCGGGUAUGAUCGUAAAUUUUAGCAGUGGUUCCGGAAUGGAAGCUCGAAGUUCCCUAGGCCUUUACGGCGCUUCCAAAUAUUUUCAAGGCCUGACCAAAACGCUGCACAAGGAGAUGGCAGAGUUUAAUGUCCGCGUUCUGUUGGUAUACCUUGGGACUUUCAAUACACCUAUGGUUGGCAAGGUCGAACCGAAGUUGAAGCCUCUUGACCCCGAUUACAGUGGAACGACCACUGGUAGGAUGUACGAAAUCAUGGGAUCGGGUAACUUCACAGUCCCUGGCGACCAUCUCAAAGCAACAAAGGCGAUAUACGAUGUAGUUGUAGGAGAAGGAAUAGGAAAGGGGCGCGAGAAAGAGAUGAUGCUUCCAUUAGGGGUUGACAUGGCGGAGAGAGCCUGGGAGGUUAGAGAUAGUAUCAACCACAUGAUGGAUGUGUUUGGGGAUAUCUGUAACAAUGUCAAUGUUGAGAAUAAUUAGGCCGAUAUCGACUAGAAGUUUUGACGGCCAAUUGUUGAGAUGGUGUAUUAGAUAUCCUAUCCAACGAAAGUGUCGCCGUCAUUCAGGGGUCCUGGCAGGAGGCACAGGAUAAGCAUGAGGUCUUGAUUCUAGGGCCAAACGUCCCUAUGACAAUUAAAUCCAUACGUAGGUAGGUAAUUAACCUAAUGACAAAUUUACGGGCUAUUUGUCACAUGAAUUCAAUGU